AUGAUUUGCACUGUUGAACACCAGGCAACUCAUCAGAAGCAGAAGCUGAACAGGAGUGGGGCAUGUGGAAAACUGGAUGACGCAAGCCUGAAUCAGCACCAGAAGCAGCAUAUUGGGAAAUUCUGCAGAAAGAGUAUCAGAGCAGCAUCGUUUGUAAAGAAACGUAAGCUCAGGGUGUCACAGGAGCCAUUUGUCUUCCGUGAGUUUGGGGAGAACGUUCUGCCCAGUUCAGGAUUAUGCCAACAAGAAGCAACACCUGUAGAGAACACAGACAGUGAAACUAAGCAUGGCCCACCCUUUCAGAAGGGAAAAACUAAUUCGGGUGUAAAUGCCAAAGCCUUCAGCACCAAACACUCAGUUAUUCCACACCAGAAAGUUUUCACUGAAGAUGGAUAUUAUGUGUGCAGUGAUUGUGGAAAAUCCUUUACUGAAUAUGUCAGCUUCAGUAAUCAUCAACGAGAUCACACUGGAAGAGGACCUUAUGAGUGUGGAGAGUGUGGGAAAUCUUACACUCAAAAGAGCAGCCUCAUUCAGCAUCAGCGAGUUCACACUGGAAGAACUGGCUUUCCUGUGGGGAGUGUGAAAUCUUUUAGUCAGAAGAGCAGCCUUAACCAUCAGCAUGUUCACACUGAAGGACCUUAUAGUGUAGAAUGUGGGAAGUCUUUUGGUCAAAGGGUAAAUUCAUUCCCAACAUCAGCCCGAGUCACCACCACUGGAGAGACAGCUUAUCACUGCUUUGGGGAAUGAAAUCUUUUCGUCAAGUUCUGCUUUAUUAACCAUCAGCGUGUUCACCCUGGAGAAAGACCUUACAAAUGUGGAGAAUGCUGGGAAAUCUUUUGGUCAAAGGGCAGCCUCGUUCAACAUCAGCGAGGUCAUACUGGAGAAAGACUUAUGAGUGCAAAGUGUGAAAAUUGUAGGUACAGAUCCACCUCUGAACACCAGAGACUUCACGCUGAAAGGCCAAAUAAUUGCUGGGAAUGUGGGGUAUUUAACAGGAAGUAUCAUCUUCUUGUUCAUGAGAGUUCACACUGGAGAAGGCCAUAUGAGUGUGAGGUAUGUAGGAAAUUGUUUGCCAAUAAGCACAGUGUGGCAGCUAUACAUCAGAGGAUUCACACUGGAGAAAGGCCAUAUGAAUGCAGUGAAUGUGGAAAUUCAUUUCUUUCCAGCUCUGCGCUUCAUGUUCAUAAAGAGUUCAUUCUGGACAAGAAACCUUAUAAGUGCAGUGAAUGAAAAUCCUUUGCUGAAUUCAGUCUCAUUAAACACAGGAGAAUUCACACUGGAGAAAGGCCUUAUGAAUGCACCAAAUGUGGAAAAAGAUUUCAGCGACUCACCCUCCACCUUCCUCUGUCAGAGUUCACACGAGGAGAAGACAUGAGUGCAGUGAAUGUAGAAAUCCUUCACUGA